ACACGCGCUCUUCUCUCUCUCUCUCUCUGACACACACACACCCUCUCCCGUAUAAACGGCAUCUGCCUGUACAGUACACAGUCUGUAGCAUUCUCGCCUCCCUCUCCUCUCUCAUGUGCGCGCGCUGUCAUUAACGCACGCCAGACGCGCUCGAGCUCACGGUUCGGUUCGGACAUGAUACCGGCGCGCACUCGGAGAUGAGGCUCAGAAAUGGCACCUUCCUAACAGUCUCACUAUUCGGGUUAUGUGGGCUCAUAUCAUUAUCCUGGUACACCGCGUUCAGCAAUUCCAAAGGUAAUGUCGUAGACAUUUACCAGCGUGAAUUUCUGGCUCUCCGAGACCGUCUGCACUCCGCUGAGCAAGAGAACCUCAAACGCUCCAAAGAGCUCAACCUGGUGCUGGACGAGAUCAAGCGAGCCAUCGCUGAGAAGCAAGCGCUGCGGGACAUCAACCGCACCUGGAGCAGUCUGUCAGAUGAGACCAAGCUGAAACUGUGGAACGUGACCAGCAGUAAGAAUGUCCUUCAGCUGCCCAGCAUCUUCCACCAUCUGCCGCACCUUCUGGCCAAAGAGACCAGCCUCCAGCCGGCCGUGCACAUCGGCCAGGGACGCACCGGAGUGUCGAUAGUGAUGGGGGUGCCCAGUGUGAAGAGAGAGGUGCACUCCUAUCUGACGGACACGCUGAGCUCACUGAUGUCAGAGCUGAGUCCGGCCGAGAAGGAGGACUGCGUGAUCGUCGUCUUCAUCGCGGAGACGGAUCAACAAUAUGCAAAUAGUGUUGCUGACAACCUUAAGCGCCUGUUUCCAGCGGAGAUUCAAUCUGGGCUGUUGGAGAUCAUCUCUCCCUCCAUCCAUUUCUAUCCAGACUUCUCUCACCUCAAAGAGUCGUUUGGUGACCCUAAAGAGCGGGUCAGAUGGCGAACAAAGCAGAACCUGGAUUACUGCUUCCUGAUGAUGUAUGCCCAGACUAAAGGGACUUAUUAUGUACAGCUAGAGGAUGACAUUGUUGCACGGCCCAAUUACUUCACCACAAUGAAGAAUUUCGCCCUGCAGCAGCCGUCAGAGGAGUGGAUGAUUCUUGAGUUCUCCCAGCUGGGCUUCAUCGGAAAAAUGUUCAAGUCAUUAGACUUGCCGUUGAUCGUGGAGUUUAUGCUAAUGUUCUACAAAGACAAGCCCAUUGACUGGCUGUUGGACCACAUCAUGUGGGUGAAGGUGUGCAAUCCAGAAAAAGAUGCGAAACAUUGUGACAGGCAGAAAGCAAACCUACGCAUCCGCUUUAAACCGUCUCUCUUCCAGCACGUUGGAACACACUCCUCCCUCGCCGGAAAGAUCCAGAAACUCAAGGAUAAGGACUUCGGAAAGCAGACGUUGCAUAAAGGUCACGCUAACCCGCUAGCUGAGGUCACCACCAGUCUGAAGACGUACCAGCAUUUCACGCUGGAGAAGGCCUAUCUGGGAGAGGAUUUCUUCUGGGCGUUCACACCUGUGGCGGGAGACUUCAUACGCAUCCGCUUCUUCACACCUGUCCGAGUAGAGAGGUAUUUCUUCCGCAGUGGAAACAUCGAGCACCCUGGAGACAAGCUCUUCAACACUACGGUGGAGGUUCUUCCUUUCGACAAUAUUCAGUCAGAGAAAGAAGCGCUGAAGGAGGGGAGAGAGAAGACGCCGAAGUACCAGCGCACAGAAGACGGCUUCAUCAGAAUAGGGAGGUUUGACCAGGGGAUCGCGGAGGGGGAGGUGGACGCUUCCUUCGGUCCGCUGGAGGCUCUGCGGCUCUCAGUCCUGACCGACUCUCCUGUGUGGGUCAUUCUCAGCGAGAUUUUUAUCAAGAAAGCCGAGUGACUGGUGUUCAGCAAUCCCUGGUGACUUCACCGGGUCUCUGGUGCAGGAUGGAGUCCGUCCGCACCUCCAUGAGCUCCUCACACGAGUUUGUUUAGCGCCAGCUGCUGGCCACGAGCUGUUCUAGCAGGGUGGAGAACGGCCGGCCAGCGCUCCUCAGAGACAUACAGCUGGAGCUGGCACACGACUGAUGACGCUGUAUUUUGUAAACUGUAUUUAUAUGUAUAUAUGCCCGUUGUUGAAUUCCUGUAAUUACACUGGUCUGUUGUCAAGGGCUUCCUGAGCGCGCUCUCGCCCGUUUCACCAUGCACUUUGACAUUCAACAAAUGCUGCUUUUGGAACGGAAGGAAGACUCUUCUUAAUUUCCUACUCGAGAUUCGAUUUUCAAAGUUCAGUUUGUGUUAGCUGACAAAUGAUUCUGUUUAGGUUACUCCAGACGGUGUGUAUUUAUUGUAUUUAUUACGAUACAUUAAGAGUACACACACACGCAUAUGGCCGUGCUAGAUAUGUGUUUGUUCGUGCACAGGCCUAGCGUGUGUUUCUAAAGUCUGUCCAGAAGAUACGUUCUAAUGAAAGAGGAAGGUUUAUUGUAACUAGAGUAUGCUGCAAAACUGUUUCUUCUAAAAACUGAAAUCGCUGGACUUUUCUUGAUAUAAAUAAAAAUGAAAUCAAUGACAAUAAACAAGGAAGGGAUUUUUUAAAUCCUUUUUUGCUUUCCAGUAACACAUUAUUUCUUACUAUGUUGUUUAUCCUCUUCCUGUCUUAACGUGACACAGUAGUGUGUUGAUGUGGACUUCACAAUAGAGCCAGUAGAGUAAACCGAAUCAGAUCAUAGACCAAAAACCUGAAGAGACAUGCACAAGUAUGGCUUCAAAUCUGUAUAGCUCGGUGAUGAUGCUAUUUAGAUGCUCAGUUUGCUCUCUGAUAGUAGACAUAAUUCAUAUUUAUCAGAUGCUACACAAAUUUCUCAAGGGUUGUAAUGUUUUUUUCAUGCCUUAAAAUGAUUCACCAAUGAUUUGGGUAUCACAAUACAACACUGAUGGAUCUUGGUGAAAUGAGCGAUCAGCACAUUUGACAAGAUCUUGAGCUAGAGCGAAGUAAUCUUCAAAGAAAGAAAGAAAAAGAGGAGUAAGAUAAGACCAUCUGGCCUACACUAACGCUGAUGUUGUUUUAGAGGAGAGUCACUUCCCCGCACGGGUCGAGGAGAAAUACAGCGCCAUCAACUUACACUAUCCCUUCACUGUUUUCUCUUGAUUCGCCCGAAUGAACCUGAAUGAAAAUGUAAUGCUCCUGUCAAACUGUUUGAAUAAAGAUAAAGUCCAAACCUGA